AUGGAUAAUAAUAUUUAUGAUUAUAUAAGUUCCUUCCCCGGAUGUAAAAAGACGUUAGAGGAUCAAAAAGCUAAAAGAGACAGAAGUUACAUAGGAAAAUGUGAAGAUAUUAUGAAAAAAUAUUUAACAGAUAAUAGUUCAGAUAAUUAUAUUAUUUGCACCACAGCUAUGUCAUAUAUAGAUAAUUUAUCUCGUUAUAAGAAUGAAAUACCUCAAAAUAUCCUUUGUUCAUACCUGUAUUAUUGGAUAUAUCAUGAACUUUUGAAAAAAGGUAAAAGUUGUGAUACAAAAAAUCUUUACCAAAAAUUUAUGAGUAUUUAUGAUUAUCCUGGAAUACAUAACCCAUGUAAAACGUAUGCGGACAAUAUUACUUCCAAUGAUAAUUUUGAAAAAGUCAAAUAUUUAUAUGAAACAUCUCUAUGUCUUAGGACAAUAGAACAUGAUGAAGAAAUAUGUGAAGACAAUCAUUUUUGUGCUACAUUAAAAAAUAUUAUUAAAACAUAUAAUGACAAAAAUAUAUCUGAAUUAUGUGAAUGUGAUAAACCAGAAAGGUUAUCCUCUAUGCAAACUAAUACAAAGGCUAAUAUAAUAAUUACAAUUCUUGUUACAUUAGUAGUAUUACUGUUGUUAUUUAUUUUUCUUAAGUAUACCUCAUUCCUUACACGCUUACCCUAUAAAUUAAGACGUAAAAUAAGUGAGUUCAUAAAUAAAGAAGAAGAAAUGAAUAUGUUGCAUCAACAUGAAGACUUUAAUAGUAUAUCAAUGAAUAAUGGAUAUAAUAUAGUGUAUAAUUCAGAAUAA